CCUGCCACCAUGUUAGUCCAUGGGACCGCAGAUGCCGAGGAGUGGCAGAGCAGGUCAGAAUGGAAAUGUUUUGACUCAACCUUGCUUUUCACUCUUUCCUUUGACACCAUUGACUGCUUGUAAGGGCCUCUACCAACCACACCCAAGGCUCAGUGUGUGUGCUUGUAAUUGGGAAAAAGCUGGAUUCGGUUAUUUGUUACCAAGUAUCAUCAGCCAUGGCGUCAAAAACGAUAACAGAAGCCGAGCUCGACGAAAUCUACGCUUUUGCCGUCCAACUCGGGAAAGAUGCAGGCAACCUUCUCAUGGAAGCUGCCCGCUCGCGGUUCAGCAGCAACAAUGCCAACCACCACGAUGAACCUACAACCCAAGAGUUCACCGAAAAAGAUUCCGCCGUCGACAUCGUGACGCAAACCGACGAAGACGUCGAAGCCUUUAUCAAAACUGCCAUCAACACACGCUACCCUUCCCACCACUUCAUCGGGGAAGAGACCUACGCGAAAUCGGCCCAGCCCACACGCCCCUACCUCGUCACCCCUACGACUCCAACCUGGGUCGUCGACCCCCUCGACGGCACGGUCAACUACACGCAUCUCUUCCCCAUGUUCUGUGUCUCCAUCGCCUUUCUCAUCGACGGCGCGCCGGUGAUAGGCGUCAUAUGCGCGCCAAUGCUUGGCCAACUCUUCACGGCCUGCAAUGGGCGAGGUGCUUGGCUCAAUGAGACGCAACGAUUGCCGCUGGUGAGGCAGCCGAUGCCGAAGAACGCGCCGGGGGGUUGCGUGUUUAGCUGCGAAUGGGGCAAGGACCGAAAAGACAGGCCGGAUGGGAAUUUGUACCGGAAGGUGGAGAGUUUCGUUAAUAUGGCUGCCGAGGUUGGGGGGCGAGGCGGGAAGGGAGGAAUGGUACAUGGGGUCAGAAGUUUGGGGAGCGCAACCCUGGACCUCGCUUAUACGGCAAUGGGUUCUUUUGACAUUUGGUGGGAAGGAGGGUGCUGGGAAUGGGAUGUUGCGGCAGGUGUAGCAAUCCUUCAGGAGGCUGGAGGUCUGAUAACCUCGGCAAACCCGCCUGAAGACUGGGCAAAGGCAGAGAUACCAGAAGUGAAGCUGGGUAGCCGGUUAUACCUCGCCAUCCGGCCGGCAGGGCCGUCUGAAGGGGAGACAGCACGUGAAGGACAAGAAAGAACAGUCAGAGAGGUUUGGAGGCGUGUGCGUGGUUUGGACUACACGCGACCAGGUGCUUGAAGUGAGGUAGAAGAUCAGUUAUAUAUAACCCUUUUUGCUCUUUGUUUUCCGAUUUAAUCAACGAGUGAUGAAGAUUCUUUCAGUCCAUGAUGUGGCCCCAAACCAAGGACACGAAUGCCAGAAACAUGACAGGAUAUGGGUGGCUAUAAAACUCACCCUUGGCGCAAACGUGACUGACCCAGCAUUCCAGUGGCACGACACUUGCAACAUCACCGGCUCAUACUU